UAUUUGGUUCUUACGGAAUUUUGGUGGCGCACAAGCCUAUCUUUGUAUUUUUGAUGUUAGAGUUCAUCUUUUGGGCGGUAUUGGAGACUCGUUAACCCAGCAUACAGUAUGUUUUGGCUUGCAAGGAGCAACAUAUCUCAUCUGAUCUGCGGUAACAGACUGGCAACAUGUGCGGUGCAACAUUUCUCCCAAACGGCUAGCAGAAAUACUGUAGUUGUGGAGCGAUGGUGGCAAAUCCCUCUUUCUAAAGAAGGCAGUCCCCCUCGACUCAAUCCACGGCGUCAUCGCAUAUACAAACUGGUUGAGGACACCAAACACGCACCUAAAGAGAAGAUGGAGCUCAUUCUCACGCAGGCUGUGCCCAAGUUGGGAGGACGGGGUGACACCGUGCAAGUGCCGAAGUCAAUAGGCCGCAACAAGCUGCUACCUCAGGGUCUGGCGGUGUACCCCUCUCCAGAAAACCAGGCGAUGUUCGUGCACGAGAAAAAGCAACUGCGUGAGGGAAAGCUAGAAGACCGGGUGCAGACCAGCUCGGGUCAGAAGACAGCAGAGUUCCUAAGGAAAGCCAAGCUCGUGGUUCCUCUUCACACAUCGAAGGAGUAUCAGAUAUCCAAAGAGAUUAUCGGAAGAUACUUCCAGAAAGAGCUGGGGAUGAUAGUUCCGACGCAUGCCAUCACUCUGCCAGAGGAGCCCAUUACCACUGUUGGGGAGAGCUGGUGUGAGGUGACAGUGAAUGGGAUUGAUACUAUCCGUGUGCCUCUGGAGGUAGAAACUUUUGAGAACUACUAUGCGUCCAGAUACGUGAGAGGAAAAGCACAGGGUUCAAAUGCUGCAGAAGACAGUUCUGAUGAGGCGUAAACAUAGUACAACAUGAACAGGAAGCAAUAACAUUGACUGUUGCUGGAAAAAUGGACUUCAAAAGACAAGGAACUUGACAGUUUUCUGUUCCAUAUGUGAUUUUGUUCCUGACAUCAAGUGGUGAUUGGCUGCAUGGCCACUUUGAAGAAAAAUGUAGGCCUAUGUCAGAAAGAGAAAAGCCCUGUACGAAAGACGCCGUGACCUGUGGUCUAAAAUGUUUUGUAUGAAAAGCAGCAGUUUCAAUGUUGUCAUUUUCAUAUUGUAAAAUAUUUGAAAGACUUAACGUAGCUGACAUUUCUGCACUUAGGCCUACAAUGUGAUUGACUUCAACAACAAACAUGAGAAUAAUUUAAAGUUA